AUGAGGAGUGAUAGUGACUCGUUUCAGACGUUGGUUAAGAGCUUUCGUGAUAGGACAAGUGAUUUGAGACUGUUGGUCUCACUUAGGAAUGAGAACAGUGCAUCACCAAGUAGUAUAAACAAGGUGGAGUUUGAACAGAUCAAUGCAAGCAUAACAAAGAUGGAACACAUGUUAAUACAAUUGAGGGAAGACAUUGCCAAAGAGAUACAUGCUAUAAAUCAAUUCAAUGAACUCAAACAACAGAUGAUGGAACAGAACAAGGUAUUGAAGGAAAUGUUGGCAACUCCCAAGUGA